AUGGGAAUAAAGGAAGAAUCUUGUUAUCUUCAGAGACAAAGUUCUGAUGAAGAAUGCAUACCUAUAGCAGCAACACGGGUCCCUCCACCACAGGGGUCGGUUUUAAAAGGUGGAGAGGUUAAUUCUAAGAGUAGGAUUAUUAAAGCAGUUACAGAAUCUGUACUUUGGGAUCAAAGGAAUACAGAAAUCGACAAUGUUAGUAGGAGUUCUUCAGCUACAAGUGGCGAAUUCUGGGGUAAGAAAAUGGGUAAAUUUGAGUCAUUCUUCUAUAGGAUUUUAUUGGUAAUGCUCUAUAUUUCAUACGGAUUAUUUAGAUACGGGCAAUAUCAAUAUAACCGAAUGAGGCUACGAAUCCUGAAUCUUAUUUAUAAUCCUGCAAAUACACCACAAUUGAUUAGACAAGAUGUUAUGAAAUUACAAAAGAUUCCUAAGAGGCUUGCGGCUAUAGUCGAGAUGAAACCUGUGGGUGAUUUAGGUGGUGGAUUAAAAGGUUUACUGAAUGAUAGCAGCGAGCUUGUUUGCUGGACAGUCUCUGCAGGUAUCAAACAUUUAGUUCUUUAUGAUUUUGAUGGUGUUUUGAAGAAAAAUGUAAACGAGCUCAGGAAUGAAAUACAUUCUCAGUUAUCUAAGUACUAUGGACCAUCGAAUGUUCCGAGGUAUGCUAUCAAGAUACCUCACUCUAAUAAGAUAUACUUUAAUGACCCCAAUACUGAUAAGGAAAAUGAGAACAACGCCUCAGGUGGCGAUCAAGAGAAAACGCAAGAAAAGAAGAAAGUGUCAAUUGAAAUUUCUUUACUUUCUAAUAGGGAUGGUCGCGAAACUAUUGUUGAUUUAACGAAAACCAUGGCAGACUUAUGUGCAUCCAACGAUUUGGCUAUUUCUGAUAUUAGUAUGCAGUUAAUCGACUCUGAAUUAACACAAUUAGUGGGUCAAGAGCCAGAUUUAUUAUUAUAUUUUGGCCCAUCGUUAGAUUUACAAGGGUUUCCGCCUUGGCACAUACGAUUAACCGAGUUUUAUUGGGAGACUGAUAAUAAUGAAGUUACCUAUUCAGUUUUCAUCCGCGGAUUGAAUCAAUAUGCGGGUUGUAAAAUGAACGUUGGUAAGUGA